AGGGGAAAGAAGUUUGAAGUCGGGCCGCGGGUAGCUACGUCCUCACAUCCUUUUCCCUGCUCAGACAAAAAGUGGUCAAACUUCCUUAUGUCUUUAUACACAUUCAUCUUGGAGUUGGGUCAUGCUUUGAUAUUUUUGAAUGUCAAAGUAAAGGACGGGUUUUAUUUUUAAGUGUUUUGGUUUUUUUUGGUUGGUGGGAUCUGAAUUAACGUUACUGCCCGGUUGAUGAUAUUUCCACCGGGCAGACGUUGCAUCCUGUCCGGAACAAGUUUAGCUGUAACACCGUGGGACUUUGCAACAACAACAACAACAAAAACUCUUACGGAAGUGCAAUUUGGAAAUAUUUCUCUUUCGUAACCUGCGUUGUACUCUCUGGAGUUUUGCAACUUUUAACCAGAAAUGGUUGGCAGGUUGAACUUGCCAAAUGCAUGUGAAGGAGAUCCACUGGAGAUGAGCUGCAGGGCUGAUAGAGGACUUGACAGCCCGGACUCUGGGUUACCCCCGAGCCCGAGCCCCAGCGCCUGGCUGCUGCCUGUGUGUGCGGAGAAAGCUGGGGGCGUGAGCCCGGUGUCUGAAGACGAGGGAAGAGGCUCCCUGGUUCCUGUUUUACGCACCAGAUCUAUCCAGCAGCUACACCCAUUGUCCUUUGGGGAAGGCAUAGCACUUGAUCCAUUACCACCAAAGGAAAUAAGAUACACCUCAUCCGUGCACUACGACUCAGACCGCCACUUCAUCCAGGGCGUGGCCCUGCAGCCAUGGGGCCAGGGCCUUGAACACUGCAGGCAGACCAUCAUGGCCAUGCCCCACAGCACCUGGCGCCACUACAAGACACAGCUGGAGUUCCAGCCUCGCCAUCGGCCGCAGCUCUUCAAGACCACCACCAUCGUCUACCCUAAGAAAACCAGUGCCGUCUACACCACAGAGCUGAGCUACGACUGCCACCGACUAUCCAGACGUUUCCUCUCCAGUGUGGAGUUGGAGGCGGCUGGCCACAGAAAGCUACCUCAGUGAGGGGGCGGGGGGGCAGGUGGCUAGGGAUAUGCAAGGGUGGUGAUUCCCAUGGCCCUUAUACUGUAGCUCCCCCCAAGGCUGGGGGCCAUUGACCUGCUGUGUUGUCUUUUUACAGUUCUAUAGCCUGUUAUCCUUUUAAGUGCCCUUCCCAAGCUGUGGACAGGAAGCAUCUGUGCUGCGAUGUAUAAGAUAUCAGGGAGACUAGACAUGGACAAAGCGGAUGAAAUAUCCAUUCAGUCUAUGUCUUGAUAUGUUUAAAGAUGUUAAAUCAGUUGGAAUGGAUAUGCCAUUAAAUGCUUCACUUUCCAGCUGGUUGGUUUCCAGAGACAUGCUCAUAUUUGAUUUGUUUUUAUUGACUGUAGGAUUGACUCAUAUGGACUGAGACGAGUAGAAUAGUUAUUUGCUCCCAGCAAAGUCACUCUUCUCAUGUCACAUCAAGUUAGUCAAGUAUUCAGCGCGAUUGGUUUAAACUUUGAAUGUCGAGGUCUGCCUCAUUGUUUAUAAUGAUAAAGAUGAGUGCUUUUAGAACUGCUAAUAUAUAAUAUGGUUCAAAGUGACUAGUGUGCAAGGGAGAGGAAAGGCAAUUAAAUGUGGUGCUGGAGUUUGGAUGCAUGCUAAGAAAUCACUUACUUGUCCACACUGUACAAAGGAUGUGGUGAAAAUACUUAACACGUGUUUUGUUUCUUCACAGGGUGUUCUGUGUUUCUGCACAACAUUAGCACAAGCUCUUCCCUAAGCCUUCUCUCUGGCCAGUGUUAUGGCUGCGAUUUAUUUUCUGUUCAUUGUGAUCUGUAAGCUUCAACAAUCUGAUAAAGUAGUUAGUAUAGAUGGAUCAUGAGUGUGGAGUUUACUGAGAAGUGGAGAGAUUUGAUAUCACUCACUGGCUAACUAGUGAAAAUAAGAAGCUGUAUUCCACUGCUAUCACUUUCUUUUGGCUUGACUUGGAUUGAAAUUGUAUUUAUUCUGUUGAAGUUUUUUAAACGUAGUGGUUGAACGAUAUGGAUUUUCAAUGGCCAAUGCCGACAUUUCGAGAGCACCACUGCCAAUGGCUAAGUAAUGUUGACAUCAUAAUGUUUUGGGGUGGUUAUUAUUUUAUUUUUUUUGCAUCUGAUAAAAUACAAAAAUGAAAUGACAACAAUUUAGACAUAAAAUGUAUGUACUUUUACUAUACUGAAAUUUAUUUAACACUUUAAAAAUACAUGGUAAGUAUUUGGGUUAAAAAUAAAACAAAGAAAAGUCACCUAUAAUUCCAUGAACGUCUAAUAUACAUAGUUAUUUUAGCCAGUGACAUACUGUCUUAUAUGGAAUUUUUAUUAAAUUAUGACCUAGGGAAGUACAUGGGGCUACUGUAGAUUUCAGAACAUGACUGGAAUUUAAGGGAGAGCGGGGUACUGUAUGUCAGAAGCAACAUCAUUCAACUACAUUAUUCUAUCCAUUGUAAUGUAAUAAAAAAAUAAAAUAAAAAAUAUAUAUAUAUAU